GGCUUUCGUAACCUUAUGCGCUUGUAUAAAGCACAAACGCCCCACCACCGUGCGUAAACAAUAAUUAUUCUCAAUAAAGGAGGGAGAAUGAUCUAGGAAAUCUCUAUCCCUCAGCAUGAAGGGUCUUUACCUGGUUGAGCCCGUGGUGGCCCUGUAUGCUUUUAGCAGCUUCCUCAUCUUUCCACUCGUGCAGCAGUAUGUCUACAGAAGGCUCUGGCAGGAGCUGACCAACACCACCUAUCCUAACUCUGGAAACACAUCCAGAUGUGCUCCAACCAACAUCAGCGCCAACCACACAAACUAUCAUGAGAUGGUUCAGAGACAGGCCUCCCUCUUCUCACUUUACUCCGAGCUCCUCUCCACAAUCCCCUCUUUGAUUGUCACUCUCCUGCUGGUGGCCUACAGCGACAGGGGAGGGCGCAAGAUCACCAUCAUUAUGCCUUUAAUUGGCUCUUUAAUCUACACCACAACCUUCCUGACUGUGUCCUUCUUUGAACUCAACAUUUACCUGCUCAUUGGCUCCUCAUUUCUCAGCUCCCUGUUUGGGGGUCUGGGCACAUUUCUGGGGGGCUGCUUCGCCUACAUAGCAGACCUAUGUAAGGAUGAACGCCAGAAGACGCUGCGUAUGGCUGGAAUAGACAUGAUGAUUGGCCUGUUGUCUGGGAUUGCUGCAAUAUCAACAGGCUACUUCCUGAGGGCUGCAGGCUUUAACUGGCCAUUCUUUACCUCUGCAAUGUUCCUAUGUUUGACCCUCCUCUAUGCAAUUUUCAUCCUAGAAGAGACUGUGAAGAAGGCUCCUACAGAUGGGAAUAUAUUAGAUGAAUCUCCCCGGCACUCUACUCUGAAACACAUGAUCUUUGGUUUUUACCAGAUCUUUGCGGGGGCCGGCCAAGGGACUAAAACAGUUUUGGUCCUGCUGCUGAUCAUCUUUACCAGCUUCUCAUUUGCCUAUGUUGGUGGCAUAUCCUUGGUGACACUCUAUGAGCUAAAUGAGCCACUGUGCUGGACUGAAGUCUUGAUAGGCUAUGGCGCAGCACUUUCUACAACCGUGUUCCUGACCAGUUUUAUGGGAGUGUCAGCAUUCACAUACUGUGGGGUUCCCCAGCUGGUCAUUAUCCUGCUGGGAAUCCUGUCUGUCACUUCUGGCAUGGUCCUCUUGGCAUUUGCUAAGACAACUGUGCUAAUGUUUGUAGUGAGACUGCCAAUGCUUCUGUCGAUCAUGCCUUUCCCUGUUCUGCGCUCCAUGAUGUCAAAGCUCAUCUCAAAGUCUGAGCAGGGAGCCUUGUUUGCCUGUCUUUCCUUUAUGGAAAGUUUGACCAACAAUGUGUCUUCUGCAAUCUUCAACAGUAUUUAUGCUGCAACAGUAGCAUGGUACCCUGGUUUUGUUUUCCUAUUGGCUGCAGGACUCUGUGUCAUUCCUAUAUCUGUACUUGGCAUUGUGGCUGUAAUCGGCGUAGAUACCGGCAGUGAGAACAGAAGGCCAGAACCUUUUGUCUCAGGGGAAGAAAGUCACGUUGAGGAUGAGAAUGACAACACCCCUCUUCUUAGCUGAGGCACAUGGAGUGUCCCAACCAUGCCAGCACUUUGUUAAUCGAAUUCCUUUUACCUUUUGAGUUGUUUGCAAAGGUUAGUGAUGUCCAGUACAGUUUCAUCAUUUUUCUUUCUAUUUCUGCGCUUGUUUUUCUUGUUGACAAUCACUCUUGAUGCCGCAGUUUGUGGCUUUCUUCUCCAUCUUUUUCUUGUUUAGUUUUUUUGUGAUUAAUUUAAUUCAUAUCACAAUUGCUGCAGGAAAGGAGAAAUGGUUCAAAAGAUUUCAGUGAAUAGGAAUUAGGUAGCCUAUAUUUAUGUGUACACCUAUCAGGCAAAUCGUAGUCUUUGAAAUGAACUUUAUUGCUAAACAAAUGCAAGGAUUACAGUCAGUCCAACAUUUUUCUGAGCUACGCACAUAUUUAAAACAAGAAAGCAGUUUUGUUUUUCUCAGGGGGAUAUAAGUGUGUCCUUCUAUGUGGGAUCUGUUCUUUGUUUGCACACUGACACUGAAGGAUAGCAUCAGGAGUUUCUAGCUGCUUCAUGUCCUGCCCACUUAAUUAGCGCUUUAUCUUCUCAGUGCCUUUUUACAACCCUUGUUUUGGUUGUUUGCUUUUUUCCCUGCACAGUUUAGUUUUGCAGCCCUUUGUGUUUGAAAUAAUGAAGGUGUGUCAUUAGUUUGACCAUAUGAUAUUAAAUGCAAAGGCCUCAUCCUUCCUCUAAAACACAAAAUCCAGGGUACUGACUUGGGAUAUUUGGAUGUACAUCCUGUACAAUGUUACAGUCUUUUGUGGUAAAUUGUGAGGAUUCUUGUUGUUUCUAAUUAACUGGGACAUUUGAAAGAUUUUGAUGUCUAUUUUGUAUUGUGUGGUGUGAUUACCAUUUCAGAUUACCAUUUCCUUCUGGUAUUGCAAAAUGUUUAUGUUCCAAUGAAUGAAAAGCCUGAGUGCAACCAAAAGCGUGAAAAGAGGUAACCACUUUAGGGAAGACUGAGUUGUUUAAGGAAAUAACUUUAUGAACAUAUGAAUGUUUCUACUACAACCCACAGAUUUGUGGUAUUUUCUAGCCUUCGUGUUAAAAAAGGGAAAUCAUUUGGAAAGUAAAUGUUAAAUUGAUAUUAUUAUGUAAAUAAUUUAUAUAAUAUUUGAUAUAACUUCGUGCCAUUCUGUUACGAUUCUUCCGAAAGAAGAAAUCAUUUCUAAUGGAGGUUUCUAAGUUAAAAAUAAAGGCAUGUCUUUCAAAAACCAAAUGUUUUUCCAGACAGGCCCAUUGGUGUUUAAAGAAUGGAUCUGAUAGGACUGGAAGAACUGCAAUAAAAACCAAGCAUAACUACUCAGAUUGAACAUGCCAUAGACAUCUGUAUGUUGUCUCAAAAAUGUCAUUUUAAUGUUGUACUUGUUGUUUAAAUGACACCUUAAUAAAGACAUUA